AUGCGUUGCAAUGACUCUUCCAAGGACUUGAUUGCACAAGAGCAAAGCCAGUGUCUGCUUAAGUACAGGAAAAACCAUGUGGAGAAGAGAUUCCGUAUGGAUGUCAAAGACAAGGUCAACCUGAAUCCUAGGGAGAGCAAUGGGGUGGCGAUUAAGCUCUGGGUAUUGUGCCAAGUCUUUUCCUUGGGUUUCACAGUGCAGUAAACCAAGGGAAUCUGGAUGUGCUGUGUGCCUCACCCCACCAAGUCAACCCAUAGCUUAGUUCUUCUGGACACAGAGGGUCUUGGUGCUAUAGAAAAGGGUGACCCCAAGAAUGACUCAUGGAUCUUUGCCCCGGCUGUACUUUUAAGCAGCACCUUUGUCUACAACAGCAUGAGCACCAUCAACCACCAGGCCCUGGAGCAGCUGCACUAUGUGACUGAAUUAGCACAGCUAAUCCAGGCAAAGGCCAGCCCCAGAGAGGAUGAAGUAGAGGAUUCCAGUGAGUUUGUGGGUUUCUUUCCAGACUUUGUCUGGACUGUUCGGGAUUUCACUCUGGCGCCGAAGUUUGAUGGGCACAUCAUCACAUCGGAUGAGUACCUGGAGAAUGCCCUGAAACUGACUCCAGGAACUGUUAAGAAACCUAAAAAUUUAAAUGAGUCUUGGCUAUGCAUCAGAAAGUUUUUUCCAAAGAGAAAGUGCUUUGUCGUUGACAGGCCUGCUCAGAAGUAUCUUUCCAAACUAGAGACAAUUCCAGAGGAAGAGCUGAGUGAAGAAUUUGUAGAACAAGUUGGAGAAUUCACCCCAUACAUCUUCAGCCCUGCCAAUGUCAAGACUCUGUCUGGUGGCAUCAUAGUCAAUGGGCUACGUAUGUCACCCCCUUCUACUUCUUACAUGGGAUCCAUCCACAGUGGAGAACUACCCUUCAUAGAGAAUGCUGUUUUGGCUUUGGCCCAGAGAGAAAACUCAGCUGCAGUACAAAAAGCCAUUGAGCACUAUGAACAACAGAUGAAACAGAAGGUCCAGCUGCCCACAGAAACCCUCCAGGCGCUGUUGGACAUGCAGAGGCCUACUGAGAGUGAGGUUCUUGAUUUGUUCAGGAAGAAUUCUUUCAAGGAUGUAGAUCAAAAGUUCCAGAAGGAAUUAAGGGCCCUGCUGGAUGCCAGGCGAGAUGCUGUUAUUAAGAAAAACAUGGAUGUGUCAUCAGCUCGAUGCUCAGAUUUGCUGCAGGAUAUCUUUGAUUAUCUAGAAGAAGAAGUGAAACAGGGAACAUUUUAUAAACCAGGAGGUUAUUACUUCUUUUUCCAAAGGAAACAUGAGCUGGAGAAAAACUAUAACCAGGCACCUGGAAAGGGGCUUUAGGCUGAAAAAAUCCUGCAGAUAUUUUUGCAGUUAAAGGAAGAAGUGAGUGAUGCCAUUCUACAGACAGACCAGACUCUGACAAAAAGGGAAAAGGAGAUUGAAGUGGAGCAUGUGAGAGCUGAAGCCACCAAGGCUGCAGCAAAAAUGCAGGAGGAAAUGCAACAGAAGUAUGAACAGUUGCUGCAAGUGAAAGAGAAGAGUCAUGAGAAGGAGAUGAAAGAGCUGACUGAAAAGAUGGAGAAGGAACAGGCCGAGAUGAGAGAAAUGCAACAGAAGUAUGAACAGUUGCUGCAAAAUGAAUAUAAGAGUCAAGAGAAGGAGUUGAAAGGUCUGACUGAGAAGAUGGAGAAGGAACAGUCUGAGACUAGAGAAAUGCAACAUUAUUAUGAACAGUUUCUGCAAGAUAAAGAUAAGAGUUGUGAGAAUGGGCUGAAAGAGCUGACUGAGAAGAUGGAGAAGGAACAGGCUGAGAUUAGAGAAAUGCAAGAGAAGUAUGAACAGUUGCUGCAACAGAAAAAGAAGAAUAUUGAGGAGUUCAUGAAAUAUGUUAUUGGGAUGCUAGAACAGCAUAAGGUUCAGAAGUUAGAGUAG